GUGACGUCAGCAUACUGAACAUUAAUGUAGGCAACUGCGAAGGUUGUGCUGUCAAUGUUACACAGUGUUUCGCAAGUGUUCUACUUGAAUAUGUUAAAUUUUGUUGUGAAUUGUUACCAGAUAUGUGAUGAGUGUUUAUAACAGUUUUCUGUUCUAGGAUUUAAUUCAGUUGUUAAUAUACGUGUCUUGAAAAGGAUAUUUUUUCCUAAAAUAAUUCGUUUUCUUUAUGAGCCGCGAAAGCGUCAGCUGUUUCAUAAUGGAAGACGGGAUUCAAGAGAAGUCGAGAAAACGACAACCAAAAACUGUCAUUGUAGGUGGUGGUAUAGCUGGAUUAGCUGCUGGAAAAUUUCUACAACUUGAAGGCUUUAGUGAUUUUAUUAUUCUUGAAGCAUCAGAUCGGAUAGGUGGCAGAAUUUGGAGUGUGCCUGUCGAUAACAAUGGCCGUAAAGCAGAAAUGGGUGCUAACUGGAUACAUGGUGUCAAACACAAUCCUAUCUACAAACUGGCUGAUGAAAAUAAUCUACUUACAGAAAGAGAGCUUCAUUUAAACAGUAAAAAUAUAUAUAUGACUGAAAAUGGUGAAACAAUUCAUGAGGGUACCGUGAAAAAAGUUGACUUCGCUUAUGGUACAAUGUUAACAUCUUGUGAGGAUUAUUUUCUAUCACAUAUUCCAAUUGAUGUAAAUGAGAGUCUAGGUGGAGAGCUAGAGCGUAUGAUUCAGGAGAAGUUGGCAAAUACAGCUGGGGAAGAGCGACAUAAGCUGGAGCUAGUAUAUCACCAACGUCGGCUUCUGGAAUGUUGUAUAAGUGGAUGUAACAGUCUAAAUGAUGUUUCUCUAUCUCAAUUUGGUUCUUACAAAGAACUUCCAGGCCGCCAUCUUGUGAUUCCUCGAGGCUUUAGUGCUAUACUGGAUAUUGUCAAAGAAGGAAUUCCUGAAGAAAAAAUUAAGUUUAACACUCCUGUUCAUAAAAUCUAUUGGGGAGAUGUGGCACAAGCCCCUGGUGGAGAUCAGUGCCCUGAAGACAUGGUUAUUGUGGAAUGUGAAAAUGGUGACAUAUUUUAUGCAGAUCAUGUGAUAGUUACUGUGUCUUUAGGUGUUCUUAAAGCAGCUUGUGAUAGGAUGUUUACCCCAGCACUUCCCCAAAAAAAGAUGGAUGCCAUUCAUCGCUUGGGAUUUGGAAUAGUGAAUAAAGUCAUUCUUGUGUUUGAUGGGCCUGUACUUGAGAAACCAACUCAUCGUAUCCAUUUGGCUUGGGAUCCCUCUGUAAAUACAUGUGAAAAUCUCAGAGAGAGAUGGUACAGGAAAAUCUAUUCUCUAGAAGUUGUACAUGACAAUGUGCUUGUUGGAUGGUUGUCUGGAACAGAGGCAUUAUUCUUGGAGUCUUUAACAGAUGAUGAAGUAAAAGAAGAUAUGGACAAAGUGGUUAAAAUGUUUGUCCAGUCUAUGUCAGACAACAUUCCAAAUUUAGUUAAAGUUAUACGCACGUCUUGGGGUAACAAUAAAUAUACCAGAGGAUCUUACAGCUAUAUUGCUGUGGGAGCAACACAGGAUGAUAUUGCUAACCUGAAGUACCCAGUUUCUAAAACACUGCAAGAUAAUACUAAAAAGUCUGUAGUUCUGUUUGCUGGUGAGGCAACUCAUCCAUCUUUCUAUUCUACUACCCAUGGAGCUCUUUUAACUGGAAAUAGAGAAGCUGCUAGAAUAUGUAAAUUCUGGAAGCCUCAAGAAGCUGCAGAUGGCAAAUACGCUGAUCUUGGUUUAAGUGAUGCAGAGAACACAGAGGAGGAAGAGGAAUCAGAUGACGAAGGGUUGUGCUUUAAGUAAUGAUGUGUUGCUACUACAGAAAGGACAGCUUUAGGUGAUCUAGCAAAUGUUAGGACUUAGAUCUGGUAGAAAUCAUUAGACUGGUUCAUUGCCCAUACUUCAUGUUUGGUUUGCAUUUUUUUGUGUCUCCAUUAUAAUUCUGUUUGAUGAAAAUUGAAAUAGAUAUUAUUUGCUAUUCUUUUUACAUUCAAAAAUUACAUUUAGUGUUAUAUUUUCAGUUGAUGUUUUACACAAAUGUAUGCAUUUUGAUAUUACUAAUUUGCCUUAACCUAGGAAUGACUUUAAAAAAUAUGUAUACAUGCAUAAGUUAAAUUAAUUUUUGCCUUUUUUAACAAUUGUUUUUGUGAAGUAUUAUGAAAAGAAAUUAUCAUUUUAAUGUCCUUACACUGAUAGGUUUUUCAUUUAAGUAAUUUAAUAAAUACUACAGCUAAACAAAUAGUAAACUGUGUAAUUUGUCUUUGUCUUCCAUCUAAUUUAUAGUUUCCAUUGUUCUACAUUAAUUUUCUUCAAAUUAUCUUAAUGUUAAGCCAGUUUUUAAAGUUAAAGCAUUUUAAUUUGGCUUUUAUUUUAUAAAAUUAAAUUUGAAAGUAAGUCACUAAAACUGUAAGCUUGAAUAAAAACUGUUUUUUAAGAACUAAAAAUAUUACCAUGCUUUGUUUUAAUUUAAUAAGAAAAUGGGAAAAGAUGGAAACAAAUCAAAAUUUAAUAAAUGAACUGUUUUAAAGAUUACAAUUGUCUGAUUUGAUAUUGAUUUGAUUUUAUUUACUUGGGAAAAAAACUCUCUUUGAAAACAUUUUUAUUUGGAAACUAUUUCAUAAAAUUAAAUCUCUUCUUGUCUUCCAACUCAACAUACCUGUCCAGCUAUGUUUAUGUUGAAAAUAAUUUUUUAAGACAAUGAGAAUAUUCCCUGGCCAGUUGGUAAGUUGUAAACAUGACUUUUUAAUGUGUAUCAUUUGGCAUUGUUCAAAUUGCUGAGGAUCAAGUUUAAUCCUUCAAGCAUUAAUAUAACUUGUGUAGCCUACAUGUCUGCAAGUAUUGUAUGAAACUAUUUAUGAAGCCAAUCUUGACAGGCAGCAACUUACAGUAAAACAAACAGGUUUACUCAUUUAUUUGCACAAAAUGGAAGUUUAAAACUUAUUAAACUUUUUAUUGUUUGGUGAUACUAUUUACAAAGGGAACAUUUUGAUUCAAUGUCUUGUGUAAUAAGAUAGAGAGUAAUGUUUAUAUAAAAUUAUCCUUUCAGUGUUAAGGACAUUUUAAGAGUAGUUUACAGUAUUAAAAUGGGAAAAAUAUCUAAUGUCAAAUAAAAUUAUAAUAAAAACAAAAGUUAUAAAAGUACAAUUAACAAAGCAUUAUAUUAUUAAUUUAUAGGCACUUUAUUUAGCAGGUCUAUGAUGAUUUUGAGUUUAGUUUUAUUUUUGUAAAAUCAGAUACAGAAAUGUAUACUAAAUCAAUUUAUUCUAAGGUGUUUUGUUUGAUUUUUUUUAAAAAUCUUGUACACACUUUAUACACAUUGUAAAACUUACAUUCCUCUGAUGUCAUUGCUUUAUUAAUAAAACAAAAUGUACUAAUUGUUUGCAUUAUGCUACCUUAAUUGACAUGGGCUUUAGUGUUCCUCCCUGCUCACAUUCUGUGAUUUAGUAAUCAGAUACCUUCAGCUAUUUAAAAUACCUUGGUGACAUUUUUUUUUCAUUUCAUGAAGAUGAAAAUGAAUUUCUUCAACAACAACAAAUAAAUGUGGAGAUUGCUUCAUUUUUCCCCUUUCAUUAACAUUCAAUCUCUAAAUCGUGAUCUCCACCAUCACUUAUGGUUGAUACGUCUCUUAUGAAAAGUGUUGCCUAAAGAUAUCACGUUUUAUACAUUUGUGAUCUGUUUGAAUCAGGAGGAUGCUAUUUUUUUUUUACUGUCCUCACACUUUUAUAUGCUAAAUGAUUAGUGUCAUAAAUUUAAAACCGUAAUAAAGGCAUUAAUUGCAUAAAGAUUGCAUCAAUCAUUAACAAUUUAAAACGUGUUAGUAGAAUAUUUUUCAUUUGAAAGAUGAGAAAUACAUUGUGAUGCUAUUUUUAUCCUAUUUGAAAAGUAGUGCUAUAUGAAGCUUGUUUACAUGCUGUACCAGCAGUAUUCUACAGAGCACAGGUUCCCAGUCUAUGGCACAUGACCCAUAUGAGAUCACACUGUAAACUAAUAAAAUAUUCCCUCUAAGGCCAUUUUUAAAAAAAUUAUGGUGUUUAAAAUGCCUUUUUCAAUGGUAUUAGGGUUGUGUGUCACUUGCCUUUUUAAGAGGUCACCACCCAAAAAUUGAAACCUGUGCUAUUGUAGAGGAUUAUAUGUAAUUAAUAUGUUCAGAUGUAUUCCUAACUUGAUGUGAAACAUAAGGAAAAGUAAUAAACUGUUUUAAUUAAUGUUAUCAAGGUUUAAGCAAAUUAAAAAUAAGGUAAGUUUUUUUAUCAAAUGUUCUAAUAGCACAGUAAGAAGUUGUUUUUGUUUCAGAAGUAGUAUUGCCUGAUCAGAUGAUUAGAUACAUCUCAGGGUAACCUUUAUGUCUCAUGACAUGGCAAUCACAGGAUGGGGGUGAAGGUAGAUGGUCUGUGUUUCCUGAGUAUCACAAUUGUACAAAUUGACAAACUUAACUUAUUCAUAUCCUGCAGUUAUCAAACAUUCAUGUAUUAUAUCAUUUGAUUUAUUAUUACUAUAAAAGCUUUGUUUUUAAGCAUAUAUGUAAGUGUGCUAAAAAUUAUCUUUAUAUCUUAAAAUAUUUAUUUGUAGUAAGUAACGCUUUAUCUGGACCAGUCUGUGUAAUUUAGUAUUCACUUUCUACUUCUAUUUAUUGAGUUUCACAGCAGUUUGCCAACUUUGUUAUAAAUAUUUGCUUUGUAAUGACAGAGUUGCUACUAAGAUUAACUUUUUUUUAAACCUGGCAUUUUAAAAUUGUACUGUAAUUAUAUGCUCAAAUAUUUGUAUCCCAAUUCUGUAAACAUUGUUACCUUUGUUCAGGAACUUUCCAUUCCAAUGCUUCCCAGUAACAUCCAUUGAACUCAUUCUUGCUUUAUUCAUUCUGAUAAAAUUAAUCAGCCCUUUACAAAUUAUAGCCAGAAAACACUUGCUUAGUAACAGACACAGAUUUAAUUUAAAAAAAACAAAUUAGCUUCUGGUAAAAUAAAUGUAAGGUAAUUAUUUUCUGUAGUGCACUUGUAAGCUUAUAUUUGUACUAACAUUCUUCAAUGAAUAGAGCCAAACUAUCAUUAGUUGGUGCUUUGUAGUCAUCAUUAGAUCUUUUUGACAUUAGUCAGAUGAUCUCCAAUAACACACCUACAUGUGUUUCACUUGUAGCCUAGUACCCAGAAUAACUUUGUUACUAACACCAUUACUAACUGAUUUCUCCACAUUGGAUUUCAUUUGACUAAUGCUAAUUUUAAAAUAAUUAUUUAGAUAGUUAUUUGAUGAUGUAAUUAGUGGCCAUUCACUAUUGCUUGUUUGGUUUUGAACCAGAAACCAAUGUUUUCAUUACUUAGUUCAUCAUUAAAGAAGAAGAGAAGUAUUAAGUCAUUCAUGAUAUAUAAUCAUAGAUAAUUGCAAGUUUAAAAUUGUUUACCCAAUUGUUUAAAUUUAUAUUUUUGUUUUUAGUAUUACUGUCUAAGCUUUAGUACAAGUAUGUUUUCAUUUUCAUUAAGAUGAACAUUUUCAUGUAAUCAAAUCCAUUUUUGUUUCAAAUAGGUUUAGUUGGCAUGUAAAUAUUGUAUUAAUUUGAAUGAUUUUUUUCUCCUGGAUAUUUGUGUUAAAAAUCUUAGUGGCAAUAUCUUCUACACCACAACUAACUUAUUUAUGUAAUAUCAUGUGUACAUCAUCAUUGUUUUGCUUGGAAGCUGCUUUGACUGUGAGAUACCAAUAGAGGUGCCCUGAAAUAACAAGUUUAAUGCCUUAGCACAUAUUUACCUGGGUUCUCUUUGUUUACAGGUAUGCUAGGAAUGUAAGUCAAACAGAAAGUAGUUGUCAGUUUUUUCUCAUCGUUUCAGUAGUCAUUUUCUUUGUCUGCAUGUAAGAAAGUGAAUAAACCAAUACUUACUCAAAGU